CCUACCUACCUAGGGCUCUGAGAGCACCCAGAGGCCACAUACAUAGACAUCCCUUGUUUUCCAGGUAGUGAAAAGUACCAUAAUUGCUAAUUCCUGAGAUCACAAGGAAAGCAGAGUCACUGUGGGAAUUUGGCAAGACGCAUCCUGCACCAAAUUCUGUGGCCUGUGGUGUGUUGCCUAAGAGAAGCAGGGGUCCAUGAUAGCCACACCAACACCUGGAAUCAUGGCUAGUGGGGAAGAUGAGCCAAGGAACUGUGUGGUGUGUGGGGACCGAGCCACAGGCUAUCAUUUCCAUGCUCUGACGUGCGAGGGCUGCAAAGGUUUCUUCAGACGAGCAGUCAGUAAAAGCACGGGUCUCACCUGUCCCUUUGCUGGAAGCUGUGAGAUCAGCAAGACCCUGAGGCGCCACUGCCCGGCCUGCAGGUUGCAGAAGUGUCUAGGUGCUGGCAUGAGGAAAGACAUGAUACUGUCGGCAGAAGCCCUGGCAUUACGACGAGCAAAACAGGCACAGCGGCGGGCACAGCAGACUCCUACACAACUGAGUCAGGAGCAGAAAAAGCUGGUCCAGACCCUUCUGGGGGCCCACACUCGUCAUGUUGGCACCAUGUUUGACCAGUUUGUGCAGUUCAGGCCUCCAGCCUACCUGUUCAUCCAUCACCAGCCCUUGCCUACCCUGACCCCUGUGCUACCUCUGCUCACACACUUCGCAGACAUCAACACUUUCAUGAUGCAGCAAAUUAUCAAGUUCACAAAGGAUCUGCCUCUUUUCCGAUCCCUGCCCAUGGAGGACCAAAUCUCCCUUCUCAAGGGAGCAGCUGUGGAAAUAUCUCACAUUGUACUCAAUACCACUUUCUGUCUCCAAACACAAAACUUCCUGUGUGGACCUCUUUGCUACACAAUGGAAGAUGGAGUCCAUGUAGGGUUUCAGGAAGAAUUUUUGGAGUUGAUAUUUCGCUUCCAUGGGACACUAAAACGACUGCAGCUCCAGGAGCCUGAGUAUGUGCUCAUGGCUGCCAUGGCCCUCUUCUCUCCUGAUCGGCCUGGAGUUACCCAGAGAGAAGAGAUUGAUCAGUUGCAAGAGGAGAUGGCACUAACUCUGGACAGCUACAUCAAGGAACAGGAACCAAGGCCCCGAAAUCGGUAGGUGGGAGCCUGGGAGCUUGGAGGCUGCACUGGGGAAGGAAGAGGUUAUGGAAAACACUCAACCCUGGAUGAAUGCUUUUCCUGUCUUUUCCUUUGGCAAACCAGAUCUCUUGGGGUCUGGUCCUUUCCUCUGGCCAUCCCAGUUGCAUAGUUCCAGCAUUCAAAUUGCUCUUACUGAUGUUUGAUCUUACUUUUUCCAGAUUUUUUUUUUAUUCAGUAGAGAUGCAAAGUAGUAGCUCACAGGCUCUUAUAAUAGCAUUCCUGAGAUUGAUGACAUCUAUAACCUAGCACUACAACUUCUCCAGACUAAAGUGGACCAUUAAGAGUCUUGCUCACUUUUGUUCCUUGGCCCUUUCUCGUCUCUCCACUUGGCCAAUUCCUUGAAUUUUUUCAUUUCCCUUGGAGUUAGGGUCAUUCACAGUUUUGUGUCCCUGAUUCAGGAUCUAUCUGGGCUCUGAGGUAUGUGCAACUUCUGUUCUUACUCAUUCCUCAAUAAGUCAGUUUGCCAGAAGGAGGAUACUUCGUACCACAGAACAACCCACCCAUCUUCUAGAACUUGCUCUAGAAGGCCAAACCCUCAGACUCUACACAGUUGAAGUUCUGGCAAGGUCUUGGGGCUUCCUUCACACUUGGCCCUCAGAGUUCAGGAAAAACUGGGCAUUGUGAGAAGAUAGUAUCAGACAGAUACCCCUUUGGGGACUUUUGAACAUUUGACAAAUUUUCAUACCAGAGCCUGAUUUUCUCUAAAGUUCAGACUUAGCCUCACUGAGGGUUAAUUCAGUGGGUCAGGGCCUCAGGACAAGACUUCUAGCUGUCUUAUUUCCUUCCUCUUCCCUGGUAACCCCACUACUUCCUUCAAAGGUUUCUAUAUGCAAAGUUGCUGGGCCUGUUGGUUGAACUCCGGAGUAUUAACAACGCAUACUGUUACCAACUCCAGCGCAUACAGGGACUAUCUGCUAUGAUGCCACUGCUCCAGGAGAUCUGCAGCUGAGCCCCAGACUGGCCUUCUUCCCCAGCCCACUUGGGACACACUGGACUGGAAAGGGGAAAUUGCUAGGACGAGGAGAAAGGGAGUUCAGUGAUUGUAAUGAAAGACUAAAGGAAUAAAUGCCUCUUCAUGCGA